GAAUGCUUGUGUCUUCGUAUUGAUUUUGUUUUCUGGUCUCUUCGACGUUGGUGUUGCACUAUGUCAACGCGGCUUUUGGUUGCGUUUGUAGCGUACACGGUUAUAAAACAUCACGGUUGCAAAGGCAGGAUUUACAACAAAGCCUUCUCUAUCAGUAGCAACCAAAUUGUCCAGUCUGAGAAACUCCACGGAUCUCGUUUUGGAUUUGAAGAGGGAGGCACGCUCUCUUGGAAUCUUAGCUGUGCUUGUCUUCAUCCAUGUCAAGGGGAAAAGCUGUUGGGUUCUGUAAAGUUGUUGUUGUGUGAAAGCCAGGUUGAAAAAAAGGUGGACAAGGCUGAGCAGUCUGAGCUAUGUAAUGCUGUUUUUGAUUGCCGCACCAACCCAGCUAGGCAAAUACAAAAUCAAGAAUCUAUAUCUUGGAUUGUCAAUGAAUCUAUAGAAAAGAGCAGCUUCUACACAUCUUAUAUGCUGAAAUGUGGAGGGAAUGAAACUGGUGCUGGUUUUACAUGCAAGCAAAAAGUUGUGAAGAGGAUGUGUGAUUUGAUGACAUGUAAAGGCAAAGUUUAUCAGGGAGUGUGGCACUUCCUAAGUAAGGAUGGCAUGAAUCUAAUUUAUAUUAAUUUGAUCUUGUUGGGAUAG